UGCAAACAAACUGGGAAAUAUUAUUUUUUAGAAAAAACAGAAAGAUAAGCCAAAAUUUUGGACCUUUAGGCGGGGCGGGAAUGGGGCGGACAACACAAGCGAGAACUUUUUUCCCCUACUUUAUUCUCCCCCCCUCACCGCAUGUGCCCUAACUCUUUCCUCUUCUCUCUCUCUCAUCUAUCUCCCGGUCUGUCUGUCGAUCGCCAUUCUAAGCCACGAAGGAGAAAGCAAGGUUUAAGUAGAUUCAAACAUUUGUUUGUUUUGGAACAGAUCUGCUUCCUCAUACAGACACCAAAGGUGAAGAGGAAAUUAGCAAAACCUGCUGCUAAAAAGAAGAGGAAAAAGGACAACAAUGUCGGACUUUCUGCCAGAAGACGUUGUGGUGGAUAUCCUUUCUAGACUUCCAACCAAAUCCUUAAUCCGAUUCAGAUGUGUCUCCAAAUUUUGGAACUCUCUGAUCACAAGCCCUAUCUUCAUCAGUUCCCACCUCAAUCAAUCGCUUAGUCCCAAUUACAAAAUUAGCCACUGCAAUAAUCUCCCACCCUUGAUAGUUAGGCAAUGCAUUCGUACUACACCUACCAGAACAGAGCACUACAAACUAUUUCGUGAUACUGAAGACGCAUUUCAUGAGUAUCAAGAAAUUGAAUUCCCCCUGAAAAGCCGCCGUCUCCAUUUUUAUUACUUACUUGGUUAUGUGAAAGGUUUGUUUUGCCUUUACGAACAGGAUAGUCAUUUCCUUUGGAACCCAUCAAUUAGAAAGUCCUUGACCCUUCCAAAGCCUCGCACUAAGGUCAAGAGCCGAUUUGAUUGUACUCUGGGGUUUGGAUUUGAUACCCGAACCUAUGAUUAUAAGAUUUUGAGAAUAGUUUUUAGUGGAAAUAAACAGCAUCAAGAGGCUGAGAUGCCUCUCGUUGAGGUUUACUCCCUUAAUGCGGGUGUGUGGAAGAUAAAUAGUGUAGCGAGUAACUCUUAUCCGCUUGGGUCUUCUAUAAGUCAGCAUCGGCACUUUGCUGCUUCUUUUGAGGGUGCUGUUCAUUUUGCAGCAAAGAAGAGUUCUGGUGAUCGAUUUAUUUUGUCAUUUGAUCUGGGUGAUGAGAUCUUUCAAACCAUAUUGUUACCAAAAGGUAUGGUAAGCAGGGGUUCUGACAUCAAUACUUCAGUAUUCGGGGGAUGGCUAUCCCUUUUAUGUUAUGAUGGCGAUAGGCAAAAAUCUUGUUCUAUUUGGAUAAUGAAAGACUAUGGCAUAGUUGAUUCUUGGUGUAACCUGUUCAAAGUUGAUCUAAACGAAGAAUUUGCACGGGUAAUAAGUCUAAGGGACAAUGGUCAUAUUUUAUUUGAUGCAAAAACACGAAUUGAGUGGGAACUUUCUUCAUAUGACCCCAGUAGCCAACAAGUUAAGAAUUUGGGAAUUCAAGGUGUUUUAGGUCAUUUUCAUGUUGAUACUUUUGAGGAGAACCUUGUCUUACUCGACAAAAAAAAUGAUGCAAUUUCAAGAAGGGGAGUGAGCAGGAAGAGGAAAGACAGAUCCGACGUAGAACAACAGAGGCUCAUCAAAGAACUAGAGAGUCUCGUCGACAAACGACAGAGGUUCAUCGACGAACAGCGAAGACAGAUAGACCUUUGCCAGGGCAUGGUGGCACAAAUCUUGCAGGAAGAUCGUGUCGAAGAACGGAAGAGACUUUCAGAUCUUCUCCAGAGCAUAAUGACAAAACUGUUGCAUGAACGUCGUCUUUGGGAGAGCUCGUCAGAGAAUUGUGGACUGCUCUUUGCUAAACUUAAGGGGAUCAAAGAGAGGACGGUUAAUUUGCCAAAAGAAUUUACUGUUGGGGAACGAACUCAAUAGGUAUCUACUUGUUCAAUUUGUGUUUGGGGACACGAUUCUACAUGUGAGCACUGACUUUCAAGUUGAAGAUUGGUUUGACUUUGUUUCUUUAAUUGUGUGGACAAGAUGGUAGUUCCAUUUGAAUGCCUUUUCUUUUAGUUCUUUAUUUUAGGUUGUAGUAUGUGCUUUACGUUUAUGUACCUUAAAAUAUUUUUAAGAUCGAUAUCAAGAUCAAUCUAUCGUAUGUUUCCUGUGCAGGAAACGGUUUUCUUGCGA